CUCGCACCCAGAGAAAUGUUUUUGUCAAUGACAGACGUCUAGCAGACGUUAGUUAGGUAAUGUCAUGGCUUUGGUCAAGCAAAGUUGUUUUAUUGCGGGUCGUUUCUCCAACAACAACCGGUGGUUGAGUCCCAAAUGCAACACACGUGUGUACUCCGCCAGCGGACUGACCACAGCGGUCAGGUCAUCCCAGGUACAGGCACAGAAAGACCGCAAGAAGGAGCUGGUCCAUGACGGGCCCGACCUCCAGGACUUUAUAUCCGGAGAGCUGUCUGAGAAGAACAAUUGGGAAGAGUACAGGGGUAACCUGAAGAGACAGAAGGGAGAGAGGCUGAGACUUCCCCCCUGGCUGAAAACAGAGAUUCCUAUUGGCAGGAACUACAACAAGCUGAAGAACACACUGAGAGACCUCAACCUACACACUGUGUGUGAGGAGGCCAGGUGUCCCAACAUCGGGGAGUGUUGGGGAGGAGGGGAACAUGGCACAGCCACAGCAACCAUCAUGUUGAUGGGGGACACAUGUACCCGCGGCUGCAGGUUCUGCUCUGUGAAGACAGCUCGUCAGCCCUCUCCCCUGGACCCAGAUGAGCCCUACAACACGGCCAAGGCCAUCGCUGCCUGGGGACUGGACUAUGUGGUGCUGACCUCUGUAGACAGAGACGAUAUCGCUGACGGAGGGGCGGAGCACUUUGCCAAGACCGUCUCCAACCUGAAGGAGAGGAACUCUCAGAUCAUGGUGGAAUGUCUGACCCCUGAUUUCCGUGGCGACCUGGCAGCGGUGGAGAAGAUCGCCCAAUCAGGGCUGGACGUUUACGCCCACAAUGUGGAGACAGUCCGCGAGCUGCAGAGACAUGUGCGGGAUCCGCGGGCGAACAUCGACCAAUCCCUGAACGUUCUGCGUCACGCCAAGUCCGUCAAACCAGAUGUUCUCACCAAGACCUCCAUCAUGUUGGGUCUGGGAGAGACGGACCGCCAGGUCUAUAACACACUGACAGAGCUCAGAGAGGCAGGAGUGGAUUGUCUAACACUGGGACAGUACAUGCAACCCACCAAACGCCACCUCAAGGUAGAGGAGUAUGUAACCCCAGAGAGGUUUGGUCACUGGGAGGAGGUGGGGAAGGAGAUGGGAUUCGUCUACACAGCCAGCGGACCCUUAGUACGCUCCUCAUACAAAGCAGGUGAGUUCUUCCUGAAGAAUCUGUUAGAGAAGAGAAAGGCAGCAGCGGAAUAAUCUGAUCACCUGGACUCACCUUUACCUGAACGCUGACCUGACAUCAUCUCCUUUAGAGUCCUCUGUCCCUCCAUAAAGCUAUUCUAGAUGCACUGUAUUACAUUAUAAUAUACUACAAUAUAAAGUUCCUCCGAUCCAGAAUAGGAGCUACUACAGGA